AGUGUCGAGUCUGCGCGGCUGCUGCAGGAUCCUGACGAGUUUAGUUUUUAUUAUUAAACGGCUGACGUGUUGACGUCAUUCUCGGUCUGUUUUCGGAGCUAAAACUUAAACCAGUUUAUCAAACUAUUUUGCUUGUGUUUCCUUUUCCGCGUGUGUGUGUAGAGGAUGAAAAACACCGAGGAUUAACACUGUAAAGGUGACUGCUUCAGGUAGGCUACAGGUUAAGCAGAGCUGUGCUGUGCUGAAGGUGACCUGAUAUUAACACCUGGUUCAGAUGCAGGCGGUGGGCGGGGCCUGCAGUCUGGACGAUGACAUGCUGGAUGGAGACCUGGGGGACGGGAUGGAGGUCGGAGCUGCUCACAGGUCCAGAAGGAUGAAGAGUCAGAGCUUUAGUGGACCCUCAGAGACGCCGCCGAGCACAGCAGGCAGACUCAGGAGUAGCUGGCAGGCAGAUGAGGACACAUGGAUCCACGGACUAAAGAGCACAGAGACCCUGCAGAGAGCCCGCUGGAAGCUGCAGUGCUCAGGGUCCCUGGCUGAUCUGUCCAAAGACGAGCUGAGAUACAGACUGCAGGAAGCCACUGAGGUGAUAGACGUGCUGUGCUGUGAGUUGGAGGUGGCACAUCAAUACUUUGAAGGCAAAUAUAAAGCUCUGAAGAUCUUACAGGGGAAGGCCAUUCUGGACAAAGCCACGUGUCACACCAAGAGUGUUCUGCAGAAGAGUGAGGAGAAGGCCAAAGCCCUGGAGAAGGAGGUGAACAGUCUGCAGUGGGAGAUCAGCUUCAGUCAGGUCCAGAUGAAGAAGGGUCAGCAGUCCUGGGAGCACCAGUACAACAGGGUUUUGAGUGAGAAUCGGACUCUGACUGAAAACCUGGAGCAGAGAGAGAGUGAGAUCCAGCAGCUGCGAGCAGAAAACUCAGCUCUGAGUCGGCAGUGUUUGGAGCUGCUGUCCAUGUUGAAUAUAAAGGAGCAGAGAGUUUACCAAGAAACCAAACCACAGUACAGCCUAGACAGAGACUCUGGUAUCCUGGAGAUGGCAGUGUUGGGGGCGUGCAGGUGUGUCGGUGUAUCUGAAGUUUGUCCGUGCAGUCGGACUGCAGCCGCCAGCAGAAAGCAGCUCAUCCAGCUACAGCAGGAGCUGGAUGCUCAGUGUUUGAGGAGGGAGGAGGCAGUGAUGGUUGCUGAUGCAUUUCGUAUCGCCUUCGAGCAGCAGCUGAAGAAACGCAGUGAACACUUCCUCAUGCUCGCUGAAGCUAACAUUCUAAAAUCGAAUCACUGCAGAGCUGAAGGUGCUAACAAGAGUCCUCGACUCAGUGUAAGUCAGAGGUUGAGAGGAUUACUCCCGUCAGGUCUGGAGGUGAAGAUGUCGGAUGAAAUGUUAGAGACUCUCUACAAACUGCUGGACCUGUUGAAUGAUAAGGAUGAGGCUCUGGCCCACCAGAGAAAGGUCAGCAUCAUGUUGGCCCACAAUGCUGAGGAGCUGCAGAGACAACUGCACAUAGACUCACGCCGCCAGUCCUCAGAGCAACCACAGUCCAGGAUCCCAUCAAAGCGACCUGGACAGACAUGCCGCCGCUCACUGUCACACCAUAAAGGCCAGAAGUCGAAAACCCAACCAUCAGACCCAUCAGAGUCCAGGAUCCUUUCUAUACCAGGAAAAGAACCACUAAGGAACCAGAUCCAGGCACACGCAUCAGAGUCCAAGACCCAAGUAAAAGCCUCCUCAGAGUUCAACAUCCAGGCACAGGAAAAUCUGACAGAGUCUCAGGUUCAGCCAGGACAACCACCAUGUCAGCCAGAGUCCAGGACUAAACCAAGUCUGUCAGAGUCAGAGCUGUCUCAUUCACCACAGACCUCCAUCCAGCUGAUCCACAACCACAAGGAGCCUGAUCCUGUAAUCCAGCAGAUGAAUCCAUUAGAAGAAACACAAGAACCAAUCAGGAACCAGAUCCAGUCAAACAAAUCUGAGUCCAAGACAAAACAAAUCUCAACAAAAUCCAACAACCAGAUACAAUCCAGACUUCAGCCAGGACCACCACUCAGUCUGUCAGAGUCCAGGAAUGAUAAUGAUCUACCACAGACAAAGUCUAAGAUACAACAACCAGUCUCACCAGAGUCCUACAGUCAGCCACAGUCCAACCACAGGAACCACAAGUCUGAAAUCCUGGACUCAGAUCCAUCAAGUACCAGGGUCCCAUCAAGGAAACCGCCAAGACCAUCAGGGAUCCAGAGCCCAACUGUUACUCCAGAGUCUCAGGCACAAGACACAUCCGAUUUUAAAAUACCUGAACAACAACAACAACAACAACCACAACCAGAGCUUCCAGAGGCCAUGGUUCAACCAGAACCACCACCAAGUCCAUCAGAGUCCAGGACUGAACCACAGGAGCUUUCAGACCCACCACAGACCAUCAUCCAACCGGUCCCCAAUCACAAGAGACCUGAGUCUGUGAUCCAGAUUAAUACAUCAGAUUCCUGGAUCCCAUCAAAACAAUCACAAGGAUCAUUAAAGAACCAGAUUCAGAAAACAUCAGACUCACCAGAGUCCAAGAACCAUUCGCAAGACCAGACGAAAAGUAUGUUUAGAGUCCAACAUCCAAACACAGCAACAACCAGACCUGCCAGAGUCCCAGCUUCAGCCAAGACUACCACUAAGUCUGUCAGAGUCCAGGACUGAACCAAAGGGGCUCUCAGACCACCACAGACCAAUAUCCAACCAGCUACAUUCACAAGAUCCUCGAGUCAGAAAUCCAACAUCCCGUCUCAUCAGUUUCCAGGAUACAGUCAAAGGAACUCCAGGGAUUCAGAGCCAGACUGCCACACCAGAGUCUGCGAUACAGGUCUCAUCAGAGUCCAAUGUCCAGGCACAGUAAUAACCAGAUCAAGUAGAUUCCCAGAUUCAGCCAGAAUGACAACAAAGUCGUUCAGUCUAGGACUGAUCCACCGCUGAAUAAGAGGAAAUCUGAAAGUGAGACUCGUGCUCAGUCCCAUUUCUAAUCUUUACCCCCUCCUCUUGUUUCGAGUGUCUCCUUGCCCCUUGGAAUACAGUUACAAGGGGUUCUGGUGAAAUUUCCCCCUACAAAAUGGAAUACCCCUUCAAGAAGAAACGGGACACCCCACCUCUAGAUGUGAAUGCGCAAUACGUAGGAGUAAGGCUAAGUGGUAGGGGCAAGGGGUAUAUUUGGACUGAGCCUAGUUGUAAGCUGGUAAUAUUACCACAAUUCUGAGAUCCUAGGCUCAGACUUCCAGAGUCCAGGAUCCCUUCAUAGCAAAUACAAAGAUAGCCUCUUUUCACGCUCAACGUGUUUACAUUAUCAGAUAAGUGGAGCUUCAGUUAUAGCGUGAUUACUCCAUUUAAGUGUUCUACGGUCCUUGUCCCAGUAUACAAGCACCUGUAUGUCUGACUCCUCUACAGUAGGUGGAGGUAUUUCCCCUUUCAGAUAGUUACUAUUGGACCUUCUUCAAACUGACCUAUUAUGUCACAUACCAAACAAUCAUCAGUUGCCACUUCUUGUUUGUCCUUCAAUCCAUGGAAAGAACACUGAGGGUCCAACAGCAUUAAUCCACAUGUAGGUACCAACAGAAGCCAGCAUCUUCUCCCAGCGUCCUACGUUAGAAAGCCUUUCCAAUCAGGUGGGGGGUUUCAAGGUUGGAAUGUCACAUUAAAGCUAUGAAUAUAUGGAAACCAGGGAGAGAGAGCGGGGAGAGAGAGCGGGGAAUGACAUGCAGAAAGGGGCCACGGGUGGAAGUGAACCCGGGCCUACCGCUCGAGAUGAGAGUCUCAACACAUGGGACGCGUGCCCCAACCACUGUGCCACCUGCGCGCCCCAACAUAUAAAUAGUUUUAACGCCAACCCAUGAGCAGUUUUUCUACAGUCACGUCUUUAUGUUCUUAAAAACCUCAUGUCAGGGAGGAAACUCCUGUUUUAAAUGUUUAAUAUAGCAGCAGAAUACAGUUAAAUAUUGGUGUCCAUACUCUUUAAAAUAUUUCUGCAUGAAUGUAAAGUUUUAAUUACACCAUAACACAGUAUUUAGUGUAAAUAGACACACAGAUCAGAUUAUUAGAGUUCAGGUCUGUAACAUUCAACACAUCUGUCAAAUAAAAGAGUGAAGCUUGA